UUGGUGUGUUUCUGUUUCUUGCUUAUUUAUAGCAUUAUCUUCGUAUUUGUGGUUCUGAUUUCUCAUUUUGACAGAAAUUAGACGAGAUGAAAGCAAUAAGAUUCAAGAAACCCAGAGACCCAUCGUUCGUCACCUCUCGUUUUCUGGGAAACUGUAAUCAAGAUCAUGGAUGUCGAAAUUCCCAAAUAUUCAAUCGUAUGUUUUGUAGUUGCAGGUUAUAUUCGUCUUCAGGGCCACCGGACCCAUCUUUUUCCCCCAUAUCUGGUGCUUCUUCAUCCAAAGCUCAACGUCGACAUGAUGACGGUGUGUCCGCCAUUGACGCCGGAUCUUCAUUGCGCAAGCCUGUUAGCUUUUGGCCUGGCAUCUACCAUUCACCGGUGACGAAUGCUCUUUGGCAAGCGAGAUCCACCAUUUUCGGCAGCAGCACCCCAUCCGAUGUCGUCGACUCCAUCACCCCUAAAACUCCAUCUCUGAGCAGGACUUCGAUUCUGUACCCAUUUUCGACUGAUUACAUUCUGAGAGAACAGUACAGAAAUCCCUGGAACGGGAUUCGCAUGGGUAAAUUGCUGGAAGACCUUGAUGCUCUCGCUGGUACUAUCUCCUUCAAACACUGCAUCAAUCAUGCGAGUAUGGCCGAUUCAUUGUUACUAGUGACUGCUUCUGUCGACAAAAUAGUUCUUAAAAACCCCAUUUUUGCCGACACUGAUUUGAAGAUAGAAGGAGCUGUUACUUGGGUUGGUCGUUCGUCUAUGGAGAUUCUGCUAGAAGUCAUCCAAGAAACAUGUGAUCAUGUGGACUCACAAGCUCUAGUUGCCAACUUCACUUUUGUGGGCCGUGAUUCUAAAACGGGCAAAUCAGCAUCCAUCAACCCAAUCUCCCCAGAAACUGCAAAAGAGAAAAUGCUUUGGCAAGAAGCAGAAGAGAGGAAUGCAUCCAGGAAAAAGAGAAGGACGCAGAUGAAGAAUAUUGAGAGCGGAAAGGAAGUCGAGAGGCUGAACGCGCUGCUGGCUGAAGGACGUGUUUUCAUUGAUAUGCCGGCUUUGGCAGAUAGAGAUAGUAUUCUUAUAAAGGAUACACGCUUACAAAACUCGUUGGUAUGCCAGCCGCAGCAAAGGAACACCCAUGGUCGGAUUUUUGGAGGGUUUCUGAUGCGAAGAGCUUUUGAGCUGGCUUUUGGAACCGCUUAUGCUUUUGCUGGUAGUCAACCGCGCGUUCUUGAGGUUGAUCAUGUUGAUUUCUUGAAACCUGUGGAUGUUGGAAACUUUUUGUGUUUGAAGUCAUGUGUUUUAUACACACAACUUGAGAACCCAAUGGAACCUCUGAUCAACGUGGAAGUUGUUGCUCAUGUCACCCGACCUGAGCUCAGAUCUGCAGAGGUAUCAAACAAGUUCUACUUCACAUUUACGACCUACUCAGAUACGAAGAAAAACAAAUGGAAGAUCCGUAGCGUUGUUCCGGCGACAGAGGAGGAGGCACGUCGAGUGAUUGAACGCAUGGAUUGCGAGAACUCUUAACCAAUGUGCUUCAUAAUGCCAAUUGAACAUAUAUAAUUGGAAAUCAAUCAUGUAAAUUUCAUAGUUGGGUAGAGAUUGUUGGAAAGCCAUAAUGGUGAAUGACGGCAUGUUUUAUGAACCAACUAAUAUUUUCAAAUAGGAGCAGUUUCGGUUAUCCAAGGCGAAGACUUUGAAAUGGCUUCUACAUCCAAAUUGCAUGUAAAAACGAAUGUCUUUCGGUUUAUGAUUUGUAAUUUCAAAACCAACAUUUUAUGG